CAACCCCCGUGCCGCCAGCGUUCGGAAGUGCUGUAGCGGCCCGCCAGCCCGGCGCAGCACGCAGUGUAGAUCGCUAAGCCCGCCACGCCUCGCCGCCCGCCCGGCCGGGGCGCGGUUAUCUGAACCAGGGUCGGCCGCUCCAAUGACGCCAUGAGCUGGCCGCUCUAUGCGGACCCGCCCGAGGUGCUGGCCGCGGCGCCGGCCUCCGCGCAGGCCUCGACCCCGGGCGGCACCCUGGACGGCACCCUGAAGGCUCUGAUGCGCGCCGCGGAGGAGGCCUCGGCGAUCAACGCCAGCCUGGACGCCCUCGGCUUCGGCAACGAGUCCAACGCCGUGUUCGACAACCGCACCUUCACCAACGACACGGACCCCGACCUCAACAAGUACUACUUCUUCCAGACCACCCAGUUCGCCGUGCUCUGGGCGCUCUUCGUCCUCAUCGUGCUGGGCAACUCGGCCGUGCUGCUCGCCUUGGCCUUCAACAAGCACAGGAAGUCCCGGAUGAACUUCUUCAUCAUGCAGCUGGCUAUCGCUGACCUGGCCGUGGGCCUCAUCAGCGUGCCCACUGACCUCGUGUGGUACAUGACUGUGGAGUGGCAUGCAGGCAACCUCGCUUGCAAGCUCAUCCGCUACCUGCAGGUUCUAGUGACAUACUCGUCUACGUACGUGCUCGUCGCUCUCAGCAUUGACCGCUACGACGCCAUCACGCAUCCCAUGAACUUCUCCAGAAGCGGUGGGUAG